AUGGCUCAAGUCUUGUUGAACUUCAUUUAUCCUGGUUACUGUACUGCAUUGGAGCAAGUUGGUUGCCCUCCCAGAGAAUCCAGGCUCUGUUCCAAAGGUUCUAUUUCUGGAGCACAGAAAGGUCUCGGCCCUGCGCUUCUAUCAAAAUUGAGUCAGUUUAUGCUUGAUGAAUUAAGCCUCAUAAUCUCAAAAUUAGAAUAA